UCAGACAUCAUCUUCCCAUCAUCGGAAGGAAGCAAACUAGUCCAGGCAGACUUAGCGACGAGCAAGUUUCGGUGCAUUGUGCGGUCGCUACGGUGACAUCGAUAGAAUUGAAAGCCAAAACAGAGUGCAGUCAAAUACGCCUACUGCGGUAAAGGAAGUCAAUAGUCAAUAGUGGAUCUAUGAAUGAGCCAUCCUUGAACUUGAUUUACGCGUAGAAGAAAAAUAAGUGAAGCUAUUGUUUGAGGUAGAAGAAAGUUAGUUAGUUUAGGAUUAUGCCAGGUAAUCAAUGACGGCUGUUUUUGAGGGUCGUUAUCAGCAUCUUGUGGCGUAGUCAAUAAAUACGUGGUGCUGCGCCUCGGCGUUCAUAUUCGACAGCAACACACGGCGAAACGUGAGCAAAUUUCACUGUGGCGAACUCUUCUUUGUGAUAAUGACGGUGCUCUGUUGAUGAUUUCUGAUAGCCUUCAAUCGUGUGGUGUGUUGACCGACCGACUGACUGAUAUUAUAAUCAUACAAAAAAGAUGCCUACGACCACGAAAGCCCCAGUACAAUCGCCAAUCGUGCUCAGCCAGCGAUCCACCAGCUUCAAGGACUGCGUCCAACCGCUGGAAUACCACGGUCACUGGGAUGGACAGGGAAGUGCAAAAAUACUCAACAAUGGAGCAUCUGCGAUGAUCACAUUCGAUGACCGCUCUUUCCGACCAUUCAUCAUCGGUGGACCCCUGGACAACAAGUACAUCUUCGAGCAGCUGCACUUCCACUGGGGCGUCGAAGAUGACUCCGGCUGCGAACACAUCCUCGAGGGCAAUACCUACUCGAUGGAGGCCCAUGCCGUGCACUACAAUGCCAAGUACGGCAGCUUCACCGAGGCGGUCGACAAGCCGGACGGUUUGGCGGUGACGGGUUUCUUCGUGCACGCCUUCGGCGAUGUCGACUGUCCGGAGUUUGACAAAAUCGUCAACGGUAUCAAGUACAUCACGAAGCCCAACUCGGAGUCGAAGAUCGAUGCUGAUUGCCUCUCUUGGAUGGGUCUACAAGACUUAAGCCGUCAUUAUUAUACUUACAAGGGUUCGCUAACGACUCCUCCGUUUUACGAGAGCGUCACGUGGAUCGUGUACAAAACCCCGGUUUACGUAUCAAGUCGCCAGAUCGAUUCCUUCCGGCAGCUUCAGUCCUGCCCGAAGGAUUCCAACAAGAAGAUUGUGAACAACUACCGCGAAGUGCAGGUACCCAAGGUACAUCCGGAAGUAGUCUUCGUCCGGAACAGCAACCAGCGGCUGCGAUCAAAGCUGUGAGCACGUGGUGCACAUGAGCAUGAACUGAAUAUUGACGAACUUGCCUUUCUUGUACUGUAGUUUUAAGUAGCCUUAGACGGGUUUUGUUGAUUAAGAAUUGUAAAUUGUUGAUGAAUAAACUUUUUUUA